AUGGCUUUAGUCGUCGAAACCACCACCAUUGGCCCAAACGAUGCUUCGAAGGAUUCCUUAAACGACUGGAUUUGGACAUAUCAAGAGGAACCUCAUAGAACUCGUAGACACCAGAUUAUCAAGGCCCACCCCGAGGUUACUAAGCUAUGCGGACCUGAACCUCUCACUAAGUAUGUGGUACUUGGAGUCACAUCUUUGCAAAUUGGAUGUGCAUACCUUCUACGAUCAACCCCUAUCUUCUCCUGGCCUUUCUUCCUCACCGCAUACAUCGUGGGGGCGACAGCAAAUCAAAAUACCUUUCUAGCGAUUCAUGAAAUUUCCCAUAAUCUUGCUUUCAGGAGCGCAUAUGCAAAUCGUUUAUUCGCCAUCUUUGCAAACUUGCCAAUUGGUCUCCCUUACAGCGCUGCUUUCCGGCCAUACCAUUUGACUCAUCACAAAGCUCUCGGUGUCGACGGCCUCGAUACUGACCUCCCCACCAAAUUUGAAGCCAUCUUCCUUGACUCGGUUUUAGGAAAGGCCUUUUUUUGCACCUUUCAGAUCUUAUUUUACGCCCUUAGACCAAUGAUGGUUCUAACAUUGCCAUUCACGGGAUUGCAUUUUCUUAACCUUGUUGUGCAGCUCGGGUUUGAUGCCAUCCUGGUUUGGUCCUGUGGCUGGAAUUCCUUUGCCUACCUGAUAAUGAGCAGUUUCCUGGCAGGGAGCCUGCACCCCUGCGCAGGUCAUUUUAUUGCUGAACAUUAUGUCUUCGAGAAACCUGUCAACCCAUCUCCCAAAAAUGCUGUUUCUGGGGAGGCAGUGCCAGUUGAAACUUACUCCUAUUAUGGCUGUUUGAACUUUUUCACUUACAAUGUUGGUUUACACAACGAGCACCACGAUUUCCCUGCCAUUCCAUGGACUCGGCUCCCAAAGCUACGUGAAAUCGCCAGCGAAUUCUACGAGCCCCUUCCUACCCACACCAGUUGGUCAUGGGUGAUUUGGCAAUUUAUUUGGGACAGCGACGUUUCCCUCUGGUCAAGAGUCAAGAGAGAACAACAAUUGAAAAGCGGGAAAAUGGUUGAGGCAGAUUGGACGAAAGAAGAGCUAGAAGGUGAGGCCGAUACUACGGGUGAUAAAAAGAAGGCUUAA